UCCUGGCCGUACUUCUUCCUGGGGUAUUCUCAUUGCCCCUUCAGCCUGGGCAAGUUCAGGACGGCGUCAAAUCCGGGAUUUGCUAUCAUCCCAGAUUUGCAACCUUGGGACAAGGACAAGGGCAAAGGAGUGGUAUGGCCUGUUCAGGACUUUGCUUGGGUGUCCUGAUUGGCUGCUUGCUUCUCUUCUGUCCCCUGUUGCUGACAGGCUGCAAUGGUCAACAUGUCAGUCUAAAUGCUGCUGGUACAGGACAAUCAACAACAGCAUUCCGCGUGACAUUUGGUGAUGGACAACCUACAGCCAAUGUUACCAGUUACUUACCUGCAUGUGUUGUGAUCAGUGGAUCAGGACCCUUCAUUCGACUAGAGAAGACUGAUGGUAGUCUAGUGUUGGCCGAGACAGGUGCCUUCUCAGGAUCUCUAAACGGUGCACAGGUAAACACCACAGUACAUCCUAUACUGGACACAUCAUACACUGGACUGUACCAUUGCAGAACAGUGGAUCACAACUCAACACAAACAUAUCAACUCAACAUUUUAGAACUUUGUCCAGAUCUCAUUUUUGCAAAACACAACUUCAAACCCAUUACUGAUUUUAGCAGGGCGAUUGGUACGAACAUAUCAAUAAGGUGUCAAGCGGGGUUUCUUGCUAACACCAGUCUGGAUGUGACCUAUUCUACAUGCCAGAGUGGCGGAGUAUGGAACCCAAGACCACCAGCAUGUGAAAGUUGCAGAGUUAGAUGUUCCGAUGACAUCAAUGUUGAAUCCUGUAAUCACGUGAUGGGACAAGGCACUGUCAACUGUAUUUGUAAACUAAACUAUAUAUGGGCAGGGAGCAAGUGUGUGGUAGUCUCUCCUACAAUUCCUGUUACCAGUGUAGUCUCUCCUACAAGUCCUGUUACCAGUGUAGUCUCUCCUACAAGUCCUGUUACCCGUGUAGUCUCUUCUACAAGUCAUGAUACCAGUGAAGUCUCUCCUACAAGUCAUGACACCAGUGCUAUGUCAAGUGGAACACGAUCCUUGCAUCCGCCUUCCACUGCCGAUGAUUCUACAAAGCAGCGUGUAUCAACUGCAGCUAUCGUUGGCAUUGCUAGUGUAGUAAGCAUCGUGACAGUGGCAUGUGCCAUCCUUCUCACCUUCAAGAUCAAGAAGGUUCACAGGACACUGCCUGUGGACACUCCUGUCACUGUCCCCGUGGAUAUCCUGCCCCCCAACACCACCGAGGAGGAAGGUGGUGAUGACCAACAGGAUGCAGCCCAGCCAGACACGACCACAACAACAAUUGCAGUCAGCCAACGGGUACCGCAAAGGUCAACGACUAAAUGCAAGGUGGCGCGACCAUUUGUAGUUGUUGCACCCGCAACGAAAUCCCAUGUAUACUCAAUUGAAGAAGUAUCUUCUUCCGGGGAGAUUGAACUGCUGACGUAGUUAUGUAAGUCCACUUCCUACAACCCAGCACUACUUUUACAUGGAAAGCUUAAGGUUGCAUUUGUUCGGUCAU